GAGGAGCGGAAGUGGAGGAAGUCGUUCCACAGAUUGGAUGUGUAUGUGUGCGAGUGUGUGAGUGCGUGUGUGUAUGUGUGUAGCUACAGUUGCCUCGAUAGUGAGAGCGCAGCUAAACCACGGGAUUGUUAAACGAGGAGAGGGAGAGAGAGACGCCGAGGAAGUCCCGUACACAGACUACUGUUUUUCCCGAGGAGUCGAGGCUGUUUUAUUUCUCGGUACAGGUUCCAGCGGUGCGGCCGGCCCCGAAGCGAGCAUUAUGCAUUCAGACUGCAGGCUGCUAUGGGCAGAGCGGUAAUGGUGGGCAGGGGACCGACAGGGGCCGGGGUUCUCGUCCUGUCGAUUCUCAUCAUCCUCACCACGGGAAGCAGUCGAGCUCAGAAAGGUGAUGGCUGUGGCCCCAGUGUGCUCGGCCCCAGCAGUGGGACUCUGUCCUCUCUGGGUUACCCGGGCACGUACCCCAACCACACAGUGUGUGAGUGGGAGAUCAGCGUGCCUCAGGGCAGCAGGGUCCUCUUCCGCUUCGCCGAGCUGGACAUAGAGGACAGCAACUGCCAGGUCAACUACCUCCGCCUCUACAACGGCAUCGGACCCCAGCGGAGCGAGAUCGUGAAGUACUGUGGUUUGGGUCUGAAGGUUACAGAGCCCGUCGAGUCCACUGGGAACCAGGUCACCGUCCAGUUCAUGAGUGGAACCCACCAUACCGGCCGUGGAUUCUACCUGUCCUACUCCACCACGGAGAACCCAGAUCUCAUCACCUGCCUGGAUAAAGGAACUGAUUUCGCCGAGGCAGAGUUCAGUAAAUAUUGUCCAGCGGGAUGUCUGACAUCUGCUGAGGAGAUUUCUGGAACCAUACCCAAUGGCUAUAGAGAAUCGUCUCCUCUGUGUGUGGCAGCCAUCCAUGCAGGUGUGGUGUCCAACGCGGUAGGAGGGAGGAUCAGUGUAGUCAGCAGCAAGGGCAUCCCUCACUAUGAAGGCACGCUGGCGAACAACGUCACUUCCACUGGAGGAACUUUGUCAAACAGCCUCUUCACCUUCAAGACCAAUGGUUGCUAUGGGACUCUAGGGCUGGAGUCCGGUGGUGUUUCAGACACUCAGCUCUCCGCUUCCUCUGUGUGGGAGUGGAACAACAUCAUAGGUCAUCACAAUGUGUGGGCGCCAUCAGGGGCACGGCUUAAAAAAGCUGGGCUGCCUUGGGCGUCAGCUCAGAACGACCAGCAGCAAUGGCUGCAGGUCGACCUGAAGAGGGAGAAGAAGAUCACAGGCAUCACCACCACUGGUUCUACCAUGAGGGAGUACCAGUUCUAUGUGUCAGCGUAUCGGGUCCUCUACAGUAACGACGGACAGGACUGGUAUACUUACCGGGAGGUAGAGUCUACACAAGAAAAGAUUUUCCAAGGCAACACCAACACCCUGCAUGAGGUGAGGAAUAAUUUCAUCCCUCCGAUCGAAGCCCGGUUUGUGAGGAUAAAUCCCAUCCGAUGGCACCAGAGAAUCGCUCUCAAGUUGGAGCUGCUUGGCUGCCAAGUUCACGCAGCGCGGCCAAGAACAUUCCAACCCCCGCAUCCCCCUCGGCCUCCCCCACCUCCUGUGGUCACACACACCACACCUCAAUAUGGCCGCACCACACACACACCUGACAUCAGGAACACCACUAUGCCCCCCCACACUAGCAAAGAUGUGGCGCUAGCAGCUGUGCUGGUUCCAGUGUCGGUCAUGGUCCUGACUGCUCUCAUCCUGACGGUGGUCUGCACCUGGCACUGGAGGAGCAGGAAGAAGAGCUCCGAGGGAACAUAUGACCUCCCGCACUGGGAUCGCACAGAUUGGUGGAAGAGCAUGAAGCUGCUGUUGCCAUCGAAGGUGGUGGAGACGGAGGACUCGGUUCGGUACAGCAGCAGCGAGGUGGGCCGGCUAAGAGGGCGAGUCACUGCGCCGGGACUACAUGCUGAACCUGCAGAAUAUGCCCAGCCCCUGGUGAGUGGUGUGGUGACAACACUAGGUCCAAGGUCAACCUUUAAACCGGAGGAGGGACCUGACCCAGGAUACACGGAUCCCGACCUGUACGACGCCCCCAUCUCACCAGACAUAUACCACGCGUAUGCCGAGCCGCUGCCAGCCUCUGGAGCCGAAUACGCCACGCCCAUCGUGAUUGACAUGGCUUGCCACCUAUCAGGAGGCUCCUCCAUGAACCAGCCAACAACUGUAUCUAGUUUCAAGGGUAGUGGGCCCGCUUCCCUGCUCACACGGACAGACAACGGCCAGUUGGGGAGGUCGGCCUAUGAUACACCCAAGAGUGCCACUGGACAGGCCACAUCCACCGAGGAGCUAACGUAUCAGGUGCCUCAGAGUAGCGCUCAGAAGCCAACAGGACAGGGCUGAAAGAGCAAAGGGUUUGGAUGCACAAGGUCCUCAUCCACUCCUCCCAACCCAAAGGACAAAGACAGAGAGGGUUGCUAAACGAGGAGUCGUGCGCACUCGUGAGCCCUCGACCCUGGGCGCGAGUCUUGAAAGAACACUACCUUAGCUUUAGUUUCAUCUGGAGAUGUCUGUACGCCUACCUGUUUCUGCAUGGCCACAAUGUGCUUGUGUAGUGCCAUAACAGUCCUAUCACUGAAACCACAAAGAUGAAUGUGUAUGUGUCAGAUGUGAGACGUGGAAAUGGAGUGACGGAGGGGAAGAAAGAGCUGACUACUAUUUGGUAAGAAAGACUUGGUCCCCUUUCUGUGAGUAGUAGUUUCUGUAUUUUGUGAAACUGUGAUUGCCAUUUAUUCAUUUUUUUUUUUUUUUUUUUUUUUUUUUUUUAAAUCUGUUACAUAUUGAACCGGAUCCAUCCAAAUUCUGAUAUUCAUCAAAUCUGAGGGUUGUCUAACUGCAGAAUCAGUCAGUGGUGCCUAAUUACCCCAAAUCCCAUAUAAAACCAUCACAGAGGGCUCCCUCAUGAGUGUCAAUGUCAUUCAAGCGGUACGGUAUGCCUUUUUUUAUUUUUGACAUAUGACUUAAAAUUUUGUGUAUUUCUAGUAAUUCUAUCACUGCAAACCUGUGUUUAAAAUUACUUCUCGAAUGAUUUACUGAUAUUUAUUUUAUUUUUGUUUGACAUCCUGCUGAUAAGGAGCGACUCGUGUUUAAAAAAAAAAAAAAAAAAAAAAAAAAGACGAUGCUAAUCUGCCCACCACUACCCUCAUUGAUUACAAAA